GUUUCAGGCUUUCAGCUUUAGUUUAGAAUUUUAACGUGACUGAUGAGUGGGUGGGGGAGAGUAGAGUAGAUAUAGAGAGAGAAUUGAGAGGAUCUUCUGUUUUACCUCUCUCUAUUUUAUGAUCUGAUAUGUGGUGUUUACAGCGGUUUGGCUACUUGCUUCGUGUAAAAAAAAUUGAUUCUUGAGUUGAAGUUCUUAAAUAUGGCGAUUUUGUAUCCGAUCUGUAUUUUGAUUGCUGUGGUUAUUGAGGGUCGUCUUUAGUAUUUCUUUCAAGUUUUUGUUUUGUGGUUGGAUACCUUUUUCUUUUCUUGUUUGGUUUCUUUUUAGUUUUUUCCUUUUCAGUUCUACUCAGUAAUCAUCAUCUUUUGAUGUUUGGAUGAUAAUGAUGAUAAAAUGAGCUUUGAAUGGUCUUUCUUUCUCUUAUCCAUUUACAUUUUCAGCUCACUUCUUAGCCUUUCAGCUUUAUUUUUUUCCCUCCUCAUUUCUCUCAGAUAUAUUCAGUAAAUCGACUUCAUAUUUCGCAAAAUUACAAUAAAAUCUUCAGAUCCGUUUAGCUUAAUCCAUCUGUGAAGAAGAAAAAAAAAAAGAAAAACCCUCUUUCGUUCCUCCUUCCAAAUCCCAAAAUUUUCCGAUUUCAUUUUUUUGUUUUCACUCUAGGGUAAAUACAGCAUGUAUAUACAAGUAGUGCCUUUUGCUGAAAUCAUUUUUGCGUGAUAAAUUCGGGAUCUUUUCUCUGAUCUUGAUAUAUAGCCUGUAGAAUCGUAGUUUUGCAUUUGGAUAGGAUGUGUUUGUUCCAGAGUAUGAUUAAUUACUUCCCGGAGGAAGUACUGGAGCACGUGUUCGACUUUGUCACGUCCCAUCUAGACCGUAAUGCAGUGUCCUUAGUGUGUAAAUCGUGGUAUAGUGUUGAGAGGUUUAGCCGGGAUAGAGUUUUCAUCGGCAAUUGCUAUGCCGUGAACCCCGAGCGCCUGAUUGCUAGGUUCCCUAGGGUUAGGUCGUUGACUCUGAAGGGGAAGCCCCAUUUUGCGGAUUUCAAUCUGGUGCCUCGAGAUUGGGGCGGGUAUGUUUACCCUUGGAUCGUGGCCAUGGCAAAGAAUGGAAUAAAUCUGGAGGAGCUAAGGUUGAAAAGGAUGGUUGUGUCUGAUGAGAGCCUGGAGCUGCUUGCAAAGUCUUUCCCCAACUUUAAGUCUUUGGUCUUAGUUAGCUGUGAAGGGUUCUCCACUGAUGGCCUUGCCGCCAUUGCAUCUAACUGCAGGUUUCUUAGGGAGCUUGACCUGCAAGAAAACGAAGUUGAUGAACGCAAGGGCCAAUGGCUGAGCUGUUUUUCAGAAAAUUCCACCACAUCUCUCGUCACUUUAAAUUUUGCAUGCCUUAGAGGUGAUGUCAAUGUAACGGCUCUUGAGCGACUGGUAGCGAGAAGUCCCAACCUUAGGAGCCUCAGGAUGAAUCCAACGGUGCCUCUUGAUGCUCUUGAGAAGAUUCUAAUGCGAGCCCCUCAACUGAAUGAUCUUGGAACAGGUGCUUUUGUUCAUGACCCCGAUUCAGAGGCUUGCAGCAAAUUGAAAAACACCAUGAAGAAAUGCAGGUCGAUUAGAAGCUUGUCUGGAUUUCAGGACGUCAGCCCACGAUGUUUGCCUUGUGUAUAUCCUAUUUGCACGGACUUGACUUCGUUAAACUUGAGCUACGCACCAGGAAUCUAUAGCAAUGAACUCAUAAAGCUUAUAUCUCACUGCAAGAAAUUAGAGCGUCUAUGGAUAUUAGACACCAUUGAGGAUAAAGGGCUUGGUGUUGUGGGCUCCACAUGCAAAGAACUUGAAGAGCUUAGGGUUUUCCCAUCAGACUUGUACGGCGUGGGUUUUGCGGGCGUAACAGAAGAAGGGCUAGUUUCCAUAUCGUGCGGAUGCCCCAAGCUAAAUUCGAUACUCUACUUCUGUCAGCAAAUGACGAAUGCGGCCCUCAUCACGGUGGCUAAGAACUGCCCCAAUUUCAUCCGUUUUCGGCUAUGCACCCUAAACCCGACCAUACCAGAUGCAGUGACAAAUCUACCCCUGGACGAGGGUUUUGGGGCUAUUGUGCAGUCGUGCAAGGGUUUGAAGAGGCUAUCCAUCUCCGGGCUUCUAACUGAUAAGGUUUUCUUAUAUAUAGGAAUGUAUGCGGAGCAGCUUGAGAUGCUCUCCAUCGCCUUUGCUGGGGAAAGCGACAUGGGAAUGCGUUACGUGCUAAACGGGUGCAAAAAAAUAAAGAAGCUUGAAAUUAGGGACAGCCCUUUUGGUGAUUCGGCACUUGUAUCGAACGUGGGAAAGUACGAAACAAUGCGGUCCCUUUGGAUGUCGUCCUGUGAAGUGACAUUAGGGGCAUGCAAAACGCUUGCCCAGAAGAUGCCGAUGCUGAAUGUGGAAAUUAUUAAUGAAGGUGAAGAAGAGGUUGAGGAUAAGCAUAGGGUGGAGAAGAUGUACCUCUACCGGACCCUGGUUGGGCCUAGGAGGGAUGCCCCCCAUUUCGUUUCGACCUUGUAGCGAUUGGAUAUUAAAAUAUGUUUUCUUGCUUUUGUCUCAAGUUAAGGUGGUUGGAACUCUACGUCGUGUGUUGUUAAUAUAGACAACUUAGCUUAUUCAUGUUCAUCUAUGACACUCUAUGUUUCAGUAUUUGUUGUUGGUAUUGAGUUACGCUGGUAGAAGUAGUUCAUAGACUAUUUGUUGUAUUUUGUUCACUAAAAAUGUAUUUUACAUUGUAAUUCGUAUUCUCACAAUUCAUGUUUCUAAUUUAUUUCA